AUGGAUCUUCUCCAAACAGUGCGCAAAGAAGGCUCACGAGGCGGACGCAACGAGUUCUCCUGGCAAGACGUCCAGAACGACCCACACCGACAAAACUACCUUGGUCAUUCCCUCAUGGCCCCCGUCGGCAGAUGGCAAAAAGGCAAAGAUCUAAGUUGGUACGCCAAAGGUGACAAAGACUCAGAGCAAGACGCAGAGGCACAGAGAAGAGAAGAAAUGAGAAAGAUCAAACAACAAGAGGAGGAUGAGAUGUUGAGGGCGAUGGGGUUGCCAGUGCCGGAUAGAGAUAAUGCGAAUUUUGAGCCUGUGGCGCUG